AUGCUCGCCGACCCAGUCAAAGUUCAGAUCCCAAAGUCCUACGAGACAUUACCCGUCAAGGACAUCAAAGUAUCGCAUUAUCCCGAGAAUGCCCCAGAAGCCACCGGAGUGAUUGUGGUGACGCUGAACCGGCCGAAACAAGGCAAUGCAUUCACGUUGCAGAUGAUGAAGGACUUUGAGCUCGUCUAUCCCAUGUUCGAUCUGGACGAACGGGUCAAAUGCGUCGUGGUCACUGGGGCAGGAAAGCUCUUCUGCGCCGGAGCAGAUCUUGACAUCGGGUUUCCCAGUGCUGGGGAGCGAGAGCGGCUGGUGGAUCAUCGAGAUAGUGGAGGACGUCUCAAUCUGGCUAUCUACCGAUGCAGGAAACCAACAAUCGUCGCGCUCAACGGCUCAGCCGUCGGUCUGGGCAUGACACUGGGCCUCUCAGCAGCGAUAAGAAUCGCCCACGCGUCCUCCAAAUACGGCUUCGUGUUCGCCCGACGAGGCAUCACGAUGGAGUCGAACUCGUCGUUCUUUCUCCCACGAUUGAUCGGCUACUCCAACGCCCUGUAUCUCCUGACGACGGGCGACGUCUACCGCGGCGACAGCAAGCAUUUCGGAAGUCUCUUCCAAGAAGUCAUCGAGGACCAGCCAGGUGUCCUCAAGAGAGCGCUUGAACUCGCGACCACCAUCGCUGAGAGGACGAGUACACUGGCAGGCUUCAUGAAUCGGGAGUUGAUGUGGAGGGGCAAACCGUCGGCUGAGGAGACGCAUUUGUUGGACAGUGCGGUCCUGUAUCACAUGUUUGCCAACAAGGACUGUGCGGAGGGCGUGCAGAGUUUCAUGCAGAAACGCGACGCCAAGUUUACGGCCACGCUCGAGGAGGACGGUCCGCCGCUCUAUCCUUGGUUCAAUGAGGUUGACACUGGGUCGCGUCCGAGACUGGACAGGACGGCCGCAAAGUCAAAGCUCUAA